CGUCAUUUGUCUGCGACGCGGCUCCGGAUCAGAUCUCAUAAACAACCGUGCGGAGGAUGACGUGGAAACCCGGCUGGCUGCUUCUUCUCUGCCUCUCCGCCGCCGUCCGCUCGGUGCCCAUCGAUCGCAACGGAGGCAAUGAGGAGCCCAAGGAGGAGGCGCAGGAGGAGAGCAUGGACACCGGCCUGUACUACGACCGGUACCUGCGUGAGGUGAUCGAGGUUCUGGAGACGGACCCCCACUUCAGGGAGAAGCUGCAGACAGCCAACACUGAAGACAUCAAGAACGGGCGCCUCAGCAAAGAGCUGGACCUGGUCGGCCAUCACGUCAGGACGCGCCUGGACGAGCUGAAGCGCCAGGAGGUGUCCCGGCUCCGGAUGCUGCUGAAGGCCAAACUGGACAGCACCAACACGCAGAGCCUGCAGAUGGACCACGCCUCGCUCCUGAAGCAGUUCGAACAUCUGGACCCGCACAACCAGAACACGUUCGAGGCCAAGGACCUGGAGCUGCUCAUCUCUACGGCCACCAAGGACCUGGAGAACUACGACGCCGAGCGGCACGAGGAGUUCAAGCGCUACGAGAUGCUGAAGGAGCACGAGCGGCGCGAGUACCUGAAGGGGCUGGACCAGGAGAAGAGGGAGAAGGAGGAGAAGAGGAUGCAGGAGCUGAAGGAGAAGCACCGGCAGCACCCCAAAGUCAACGCCCCGGGAAGCGUCGCUCAGCUGCGGGAAGUGUGGGAGGAGACGGACCGGCUGGAUCCCCGGGAGUUCAACCCCAAGACCUUCUUCAAACUGCACGACACGAAUGACGACGGCGUCCUGGACGAGCAGGAGCUGGAGGCGCUCUUCACCAAGGAGCUGGAGAAGGUCUACGACCCCAAGAACGAGGAGGACGACAUGAUGGAGAUGGAGGAGGAGCGGCUGCGCAUGAGGGAGCAGGUCAUGAAAAACGUGGACACCAACAAAGACCGGCUGGUGAGUCUGGACGAGUUCAUCAAGUCCACGGAGAAGACGGAGUUCAAUAACCCCAAAGAGUGGGAGACCCUGGACGCCAAGCCGCUGUACACGGAGGAGGAGCUGCAGCAGUUCGAGGCGGAGCUGCGGGACCGAGAGGAGGAGCUGAAGCGGCGGGCGGAGACGCUGCGGCAGGAGCAGGAGCUGCUGAGGGAGCGGGGCAAAGCGCUGGAGGCGCAGCGGAGGGAGUACCAGCAGGCCGUGAUGGAGAUGUCCCAGAGGCAGAGGGAGCAGCCGCCGGCCGACGGGCAGCCGCCGGCCGGGCCCAACGGCGAGCUGCUGGCGCCGGAGCACCGAGCUGAAGAGCCCCAGGCUGCAGCAGACGUCCAGAAUCAGAACAACCUGCCUGCAGAGCCGCCACAGAACCUGCCUGCACACACUUAGAGCACACACACACACACACACACACACACACACACACACACACACACACACACACACACAGAGGCCCCGUUUACACUUCGUUUUAACUGAAAACGCGUCGUUUCUGGAUCAUGUGGGAGUGUGGUUCUCCUGUACGACCAGCAGAGGGAGCGGUUUCCCAGCAUCCUCUGUUCACACGCAGACCGCCGGACGCUGCGAACUCCAGGAGUAUUCUCUCCGUCGAAGUGUCUCCUCGGCGCUCGGGUUGCGAGCGUGAACCCAGAGAGCGCCGCGUCCCCCCGUUUCCACGGAGACGGAGCGGCUUUCCAGAAGCUGCGUCUUCAGUGACGCCGAGCGCCGUCGUCAUGGAAACAGACCCCCGAAACACAGCGAGAGGUUUCCGUUUUCACUUGAUGUCCGGGUAAAUGGGGCCAGAGAACACACACACACACACACACACACACACACACGCCCCGGCGCUCCGCCGCUCUGGGCUCUUCCGGUGGUCUACAUUAGAUUCCGUGUCACUGUUUCAUUCGUUGAUGUGAAGCUUUAAUUCGAAGUGUCAAAACCACAAACAUCUCCAAAUAAAGUCCUAAUUUAAAACCUGUCACACACACACACACACACUCUC